AAAGGGAAAACAUCCUCCGUGGCGGAGGUGGCUGCCUGGGGCUCACCUGCUCCUGAAAGCACAGUUGUGCACGGCUGACCCUGGGCUGCCUGCCCUGCCGCCAGGAGCCCAGGCUCUGGAUCCUCACCCUCUGCAAGGAGCCUCCCUGGGUGGAGCCGCCCUGCCCUGCGCUUUGUGGAGCCCAGGCCCUUGGUCUGGAUCCUGGAAGGGGGCACCCAGCGUCCCAGCUCCCUGUCACUUAUCCCCAGCUGCAGCCGCAGGAAUUGCCUCCAUCUGAGGCUGCUGGCAGUUCCUUUUCCUUGAGAGGAAAUGAUGACCCCCGCUGAGCCUCGUUUAGUUCUGCGUCACGUUGAGGUGUCUGGCCUUGGGUUGAAAACCCUGCCUCUUCCAUCAGAAAACCAGUCACCUGAGAGCUGUUCCAAGUUAUAGGUGGUGCCGGAGAAGUCUGCUGCCCGGCACUGCUCCCGGGACGUGGGGCGUGAGCGCUGCACCCUUACUUAGGUCGGCUGUCUGUCGGGGCCCCACAGCGGAAACUCAGACCCGCCCACCCAGGCCCCCGCUGUGGCGCUAAACACUGCACUUCUCUGGUGACUCCACUGAAACUCAGAGGAGCUCGGGCCGUCAGGUGCUUGUGCGUGGCGAUGCUGGUGUUUUGUUAGCUGCUGAGCGUGAGACAAUGCGAGGACGUCGUUCCUUGGGGGCUGCUGGAGGGGAGCUUGGCUGCAGUGCUGACCAGGUGCUGAUGCAGUAGCCCCUGCCUUGGGCCCGGGGUAGCGGGAAGCCGGUGUCAUGGGCGUCUCUGCGACCCCAGGCACGCUCUCCCCCUGGAUGACACCCUGAGGCUGCAUCUCUGGCCCUGGGGAAGGAGCCCUUUCUACAUGCGCUCCGGCGGCCCUUGAGGCCCUGUGAGGUCGGACAGUUCAUAAAACCCCGUUCAGGGCAGUCGUCAUUUUUAGAUCAGUUGCUUUACAAACUUUUUUUGCCCAUACAAAACUCUUCUCUGAAUGUCCUUCCCAAAGCAAGCUGUCAUCUUUCUUGCCUCUGAUGUUUAAAGCGACGUUAGGUUAAUGCUGCUUGGAUUUAUUCUGUGCAUGGUGGGGAGAGGUAGGCGCCAGCACCAUCCCAUCCCGUGCUGGGUUCCUGAGAGAAGCUUUGCUACUUGGCUGGGCCGUCCCUGCUGCAUCGUCUCUUGGGGGGCGCGUGGCUGGUCCAGGCUUCCUUGGCAGAGCAGAGUUGUGACCUGCCCAAGGAAGUGGGGGGCAUGCUUGUGAGCACGGCGUGGGGGCCCCCUGGGAGCCCUGCGUCUGCCAGGUCUCUGGUUCCUCGGAGGGCCCCAGUGCAGGUGUGCCUCGAAGUACUGGGGGUUUGAGCGGGACACAGGCAUGCUUCAGCAGCUCUGGCGACCUUCACCUCCUGGAAGUAGUCAGCCGCCCCUCCUGGGGCGUCCCCGGCUACCGUGUGCCUCCGCAACGUCACAGGGCAUCGCGGGAGGCAUCUUUUUAGUGGAAAGAUCCCCACACUGAACUCUGCCCCAGCAUCCGGCCGAGCCCCACACGUCACCGUGGGUCUGGCCAGACGGUCCUGUCCCCCGGACCUUCCUUUUCCGCCCGGCUGUGCUGCCACGGCAGGCAGUGGGCCCGGGGGCCCAGGAGCGGGUCCUUGCUGGGUGGGAGGCCCGGGUGUGUGGGAAUGCGCGCGGCUCUGUAAACAUCUGGUGACUCACUGCAUAGCUAUGUCGUGGCCGGCCUGUGCACUGACGUGCUCGCAGUGGAGCUGGAAGCGGUGCCUGCGGCCCCUCCCUCUGACAUGGAAAAGUUUCUCAUGGUGCUCCCAGCCGCCGGCAUUUGCAGGUCCCCACGGUGGCGGAGGCAGCUGGGCCCCGGCCUCUCCACUGUCACCCUCACCCCCAGGGCAGGGUGCGGAGGAGCCUGGAGCCCACCUGGCCUUCCCCAGGACCGGCUGGUGCCGUCCUGUGCCAUCUACGUCAGCGCCCUGAGAGCAGCUGGCCUUGGCAGGGGCAGCGGACUCGGCAGCCUGGCGCAGGACCCUGUCUCACCUGUGCGGCCCUCUGGUUGUGGGGGUGGGUGGGUUGCGGGGGUGGGGCCCCCAUCGGAGGCAGGGCUGGAGGGUGGAGGGAUUUGGGCCCGGGGGCUCCCUGGCCCAGGGUGUGGGGAGGGUCCUGGGCCGGCAGGGAGGACGGGAUGGGGUCACCCGCCCCAUGAUGCCCAUGUCCAAUGGAGGUGCUGACCAAGGACGCCCCCGACUGCUGUGUGCUGCUCUGACAUUCCUGCGGGAACCCGUGUCUGGUGUUUGGGGUAUGGGAGUGGGUGCUGUGGACCCCUGUCCCGUGAGCUGCCCGGCGCCUUCCACCCGCCCCUCCCGGCCGCCGGGUGCAAAUGGGUUUGUUGACUGCCUGCCGGCCUCGUGAUGUCUGCGCAACCUGACCUGAAGUCAGGAUCGCGUUUGGGCUUCUCGGUUUCCAUGACAACCGUGGAGGCUGGCUCCGUCCCAAGGUCGCCAUGGCAACUAUCGGAGGGCUCAUGCCCGGGAUGCUUUGGCUGGGUUUUUCAUGAAUGAUUAGAAUGUGUGACACAAUGCAGACGUGAGGACGGUGGGGGCGGUGGCGGGGGCGGUGGCGGGGACGACUCCCGCCAGACGGUCAAAUGCUCGGCAGGGCGGCGGCUCCCCCACCUCCCUGGUCUCUGGCCGCGGCCCCCGGACCUGCCGCCACUCAGGAACCGCACACCCCCUUGGGCCGCAGGGUCCUCGCUCGGGGGCAGCUUAGGUGGAGGUUGUGAUGUCACAGCUGCAGCGGCCAGGGCCGUGCUACGAGUUCCAGGGAGCUCUGUCCUGGUGACCGUGCCCGGGUUAUGACGACUAAUCCCAAACCGAACAAGGCAUUAAAGGUCAAGAAGGAGGUGGGCGAGAACGCCCCGGUGCUCAGCGAUGAUGAGCUGGUGUCUAUGUCGGUGCGGGAGCUGAACCAGCACCUGCGGGGUCUCACCAAGGAGGAGGUGACCCGCCUGAAGCAGCGUCGGCGCACACUCAAGAACCGCGGCUACGCGGCCAGCUGCCGCAUCAAGCGGGUGACGCAGAAGGAGGAGCUGGAGCGGCAGCGCGUGGAGCUGCAGCAGGAGGUGGAGAAGCUGGCGCGCGAGAACAGCAGCAUGCGGCUGGAGCUGGACGCCCUGCGCUCCAAGUACGAGGCGCUGCAGACCUUCGCGCGCACUGUGGCCCGGGGACCUGUGGCGCCCUCCAAGGUGGCCACCACCAGCGUCAUCACCAUUGUCAAGUCCGCCGAGCUCUCCUCCACCUCUGUGCCCUUCUCGGCCGCAUCCUAGUGCCGGCCGGGGGCGGGGGGUGGCGGGCAGCGGGCGGGCGGGCGGGGCACGCCCCUCGUACCUCUCACUGGGACGCAGACUCUCGACAUCCGAGUCCAAGUGCAGGCCCCUCGGGCGCAGGCACCUCACACCAGGAUGAGACUGUGGUGCAGGGUGAAGCGUGGGCUCCCGUGGACCCAGAGCUGCACGCCGGUCCACACACACACACACGCCCGCCACCUGCUCCCCGCAGGAUGUGUCUGUGUGUGGGAAUUGGUAUCUUGCGCCUGUGGGAGUCGGGACAUAUAACGGAAGGGCCCUCGGGAAGUUCCGUGUCCUCUGCGGGGGCUGCCAGAAGACACGGCCCCACGAGUCAGGCCCCUGUGGUCAGGUCUAGCGUGGGGCUUGUUUUCCACUCCUGCUGUAAGCAGCCUUCGACACUUGUCCUGCCACGGCCUCCCAGCUGGUGCGGGAGCCCCUGGCUGCCCUGACCGACUCCGCAGUCCCCGGGGAGGAGCAUGGAUUGUGCGUCGGCAGCUCCGUCCUUCCAGCUGUCCUGUUGCAGUGCCCGUGAUCCACGUCUGCCUUAGCGGGGGCCGGCGUGAGUGGGCACGGUGUGGGAGGCCACCUGCGUGGGGUGGUGUCUGUGUAUAUGCACACGUGUGUGUGCAGGCACGCCUGCCAUCACAGCACCGGGGCUGAGGGGGUGCAGCUUGCUGCUGUUCACUGGGGGAGGGCCUGUGGGCACACGUGGCAGAGAGAGUGGCUCAUACGUUUUGAGGUCUCCCCUGUGCUCUGGUGACCCGAGGAGGUUGUGCAGCACAGCGCAGAAGCCCCUGCCUAUAGGAGCCGGCCCCCCAGACACCGACCCCACAGGCCGUCCUGGAUGUCAGCGGACACAGGCAGGGGUGCCCCGUCAUUUGAUGGUGAGCAGGACUCGGGCUCUGUGUCCUGGAGCUGCUGCUCACCAGCUGUGGUCAGUGCAGGGGGAACGAGGAGGUCUUUUGGGGGCCUGGCAGGGGGGAGGGCUGCUGCAGUCUAGGGAGAGGGGGUGCAGCCUGGGGGACGUUGGUGGACGUGGACGUGGAGGUGGAAGGAAGAGGACGUUGCGUGGAGUGGUGGGAGGAGGCGGGAGCCGUGUGCGAGAGCAGGUGGAAAGCCUUGAGGGGCAGGACCAGGAUGCGGCUGGCUUGUAGAAGAGCUCAGGAGUGGGCCUGGCACUCUAGAGGGUGCGGCGGGUGGGGAGGCAGCAGGCACCAGGCCAGGAGAGCCUCGUGGACGUGACUCCCGCGUGCACACCCCCAGGAGCACAGCCAUGGGCUGCAGGUGUGGCCUCGGCACUCAGUCCUCACCUGGAGCCUUUGCCUGCUCCUCCUUCCAAGAGUACUGAGGCACCAGUGGGCUUGGCACUCCACCUUGGGCUUCCUUUUCCUGGAGAGCCGCCUUGAGGGUCCCUCCUGUGACUGGGGUCUCUGCAGGGGGAGCUGCGGGGGUUGCGGAGCCCCUGCCUGGGGGAGCUGGUGGAAUGCGAGCCGCCGGCCGGGGGCCGCCACAUAGGACAUGUAAGGUGGUGCCUGGGGCCCCAGCUCCCUCUCAGCUGCCCCUGCCCACCCAGUAACAGCCCCCACCGGCUACAGAGCCCAGGCCGGUGCCAGCCACGCUGGGAGGGCAGAGGACAGACAGCCCCGGGGCUGUGACUUGGUUCUGUGUCUGCUGUUAGAAGUUGAGUGGGAAGCUGCAGGCCCGCCAGGACCGCUGGGUCCCUACAGAGCAAAGGCCUGCGUGUUCCCAAACAGCCGUUGCCCCCAUGGCCGUGGUAGGUAAUCCAUAUUGGAUGUCAUAAGGACCAGGGGGAUAUUUAAAGAGAGAAACAGAAAAUAUAUAGAGAUAUAAAAUUAUAUUCACAGUUUAUCUACAGAUUUUUCGUAACAAUCUUUCUUUUCCAGUUUGAUACUGUAAAUCUAUCAGAGCAGAGCCGGGGGGCACGGGCACAGGUGGGAGUUGGGAGCAAACCGGAGGCCUGGGCUGCCCGCCGUCCCCCUCUGUCUUCCCAUGGACUGCACCAGGCAGCUGGGCCCCGCAGGACAGGCCGCGGCGGGUGGCCAGUUCUGACCCGUCUUGGGGUUCUUGGUGUCCACGUCUUGUGGGCCGUGGGCGUCCACCUGCCCUUGGCCUGUGGUGCUUUGCCAGAGAAGGGAUUCCCCGGUCCCCAGGGUGGACGGAGCCGCUGUCACCGCCCAGAGCCCGGCCGGGGAAGCACGGCGCGUUCUGCUUUUCUUUUCAGAUCGUUGAAAUUUCAUUGUCAUGAUUUAAUAUAUGGAUUUUUUUAUUUAAGAAAAAGACGAGGGCCUCUUUGUCACAUGGGUUUGUUUUCUGUCUCCGUGCCUCUGGCUUCCCAAAGAGAUCCAGGUCUUUGCGUUUCCAGGGCGUGGGGACCCCGGCCCCCCCCACGCUGCCACGCCGCCACACCGCCUCACCCUGACCUCUGUGCUACUUGGCAGUUCCAUUUCAUUAUUUAUUUUUUGUGCUGCUUUUUAUCAUGUUAUAAAUUAUUGAGAACAGAUCACAUGUGGGCCCGUGUCUGGCCGCCGCCGCCCUGCCGCGUCCCUGCGGCCACCACCUAAUUUAUUGCCGUGCGUCCUGCUGCUGUGACCGCUUUUGUACCUUUGCAAUAAAGAAUUUUCUGGUUUCAGA